AUGGCAGGCGGCGGGGUCGGGUGGGGGCUGGCACUGGUGCUGCUGCUGCUGCCGGGCGCGCUGGCCAAGCCGACGGCGCGGCAGGAUCGGGCGCGGCCCGGCGCCGCGCAGCACGAAGACCGGCCGGGCUUCCAGUACGACCACGAGGCCUUCCUGGGCAAGGAGGAGGCGCGGAGCUUCGACCAGCUCAGCCCCGAGGAGAGCCGGGAGAGGCUGGGGAAGAUUGUGGAUAGGAUAGAUGACAACAAAGAUGGCUAUCUCACAACAGAGGAAUUAAAGACCUGGAUUAAGCGGGUACAGAAACGCUAUAUCUAUGAGAAUGUGGCUAAAGUUUGGAAGGACUACGAUCUAAACAAGGACAACAAAAUUGCCUGGGAAGAAUACAAACAAGCUACAUACGGUUAUUAUCUAGAAAAUCCAGAAGAAUUCCAAGAUGCAACUGAUCAGCACAGUUUUAAGAAAAUGCUGCCCAGAGAUGAAAGACGAUUCAAAACUGCAGAUCUGGAUGGAGACUCAGCUGCCACCCGUGAAGAAUUCACUGCUUUCCUUCACCCAGAGGAGUUUGAACAUAUGAAAAACAUCGUAGUCUUAGAAACCUUAGAAGACAUAGAUAAAAACGGGGAUGGUUUUGUGGAUCAAGAUGAAUACAUUGCUGAUAUGUUUGCAAAUGAAGAAGGUGGACCAGAGCCUGACUGGGUGAUUACAGAGCGUGAACAGUUUUCAGAUUUUCGUGACCUCAACAAGGAUGGAAAGAUGGACAAAGAGGAAAUUCAGCACUGGAUUCUCCCACAAGACUAUGAUCAUGCACUAGCUGAAGCCAGGCACUUAGUCUAUGAAUCGGAUGUAGACAAGGAUCAAAAACUAACAAAAGAGGAGGUUCUAGACAACUGGAACAUGUUCGUUGGAAGCCAGGCUACUAAUUACGGGGAGGACCUCACAAGAAACCAUGAUGAACUAUGAUACAAUGUACCAACCAGUAUGCUACAGACCUUUUCUCCAGUUACUGAUAUCGCCAUGUACAUCCCUCUUUUGUGGGAAGAUGGGCAAGGGACAUGCUCAUGACCUAAUGACUUGUAUUAAUUCAUUUUUAAUAUACCAGCUUAUUACCUCAGAAACUGCAUAGAAACAGCUUUUUACUCUUUUCACAUACAGUAUCUAAUUACUGCAGUCCUACUUUGGGAAAAAAAAUGAGACACUAGCUUUUCUUAACAAACUAGAGCCUGAACUUGAAAGGGCACUUUUAAGAACAUCAUUGCAAGGGUCUUUACUAGUAAAAUAUUUUCUUCAAUACCCACUUUUACUGUAGUGAAAUGCAGCUAGGAUUAGAAAGAAACCUAAUGUUUAAACAGACAAGUUAUAAUAGCUUAUAACAAUUUAGAAUUAUACUGUGACCUUCCUAUCCAGAGGAAAGGUUUGACACAACCUGAUCCACAACCUUUUUCUCCACACUGUUUUUCUGUCCCGGUUUGGGCCAGAGGUGCUGCAGAAGGUAUCCAGCAGCCCUCUCGUUCGUGGCUUUACAAGUGCAACUUGUACAACUGGCCCUUGUCUCUAACCCCCAUUGCAAUGCAGAGACAGCACACGUGGCCCAACACCCUGUGUUGGCAUUCCGCAGCAAGGCUGUUCACAGAGUUCAUAGUGACAGCUGCUCCUUCUGACAACAGAAUAACAUACAAUUGUUUGUGGGCUGUUGGUUACGCUGUUUCCUGGGAGGAAUUAUGCCACAUGGAGCAUAAUUGGCCUCACGCUUUUCGCACUUUACCAAAGCCAUACUCUUGUUCACACAGUGUGAAUGACAGCAGUUCUGUGAUGGAGAGAGAAUGAGACACAUCACCCCUCUGGGCCUUCUGUCUUCUCUGCCACAUAAGAGGACAGAUUUAUGUGGCUAAAAUUCUGGUUUUGUGUGUAUAUAGAUGUAUAAGUAGAUGUUACUGAAGCAACUACAUGAAAACAACUUUCCCUCCAAAAUAAGGGGUAAGCUUUCUACACAGGUGCUUUCUUUUUUACUGUAUAAUGUGAGCUGUUACAUGUAUAUUUUUAUAUACCCAACUUAGAUAAGGUUGGUUGGUUUUAAAUGUACUGGUUUUAAAAUAAGCACAAUAAAACCAAUACUUCUUUUUGAUACUGUGAAGGUGCAAUAACACUAACACAGACUUGCAUAGGGAGACAAUACGAGAGCACAAGCUAAACUUUUAAAGCCAGUAGUUCCCAAAGCACUGGGUCAUUGGCAGCUCCUGCAGCACUGGGUGGUCGUCUACAAACAGCAGUUGGAUACAUAACACCAACUGUUUCUUCUUCACCUUAUUAAAAAUGAAAGAAAUAGUUAGAAGUCCAAAAUACAGAGUUGCUAUUGCUAUCACUAGAAUUUGUUCUGAACAUUAAUACUGGGAGAUUAGGGCUCCACAGCAGUGUUCACUUGGAGGUUCCUUGAAGGUUUGGUGGACAGCAUCAUACAACCAUCCACAGAGGAGGAGCUUAGCAACUCUGAGCUUACAAUACACAGCAGCAAUUUAACAAACUUGUGAAAAAUCAUGAGAAUGCAGAAGUGUGACCUCUAUAAACUGUGUUUUUUUCUAUAAGGUCAUAGAAGAACUGUGGUGAAAUACCUUACAUCUUCCAAUUGAAGAGAAUUAAAUACCAGAGUCUGGCAGAGAUUGCUUGUUCUUGCUAGCACAAUUAAGCUUUUGGUGUGCAUUUCUUAUGACAUUGUCAAAAAUGUCUCUGAAAAGUCCCUACCUCUUUCACUAACAUACAACAGGACAAAUGUCAUAAGACAUAAGUGAACAUCUACUUUUCCAGUACUCUCAAUUUAAAUAAAUGUCUAAAUGCAGUGUUAUCUGAUAAGCAAUAAAAUUGUAUCUUGG